CCCAGGAGGGAAAACUGCUUCCGUUUCUUUUUAGUUUCUUUACGAGACUCGUCCGUCUUUCCCGCCUGAAGUGAUUCAAAUGUGUAUUAAAGGGCCACAGUAUGUUCUAACUAAAGGAGAUCAUAUUUUCUCUUACUUUUCUUUCAGUUUCUGUUCAUUUGACAGUUGUACUGUGGAGUUCUCCAGAGAUUUCGUGGAACUGGGUGUCUCGAGUUUUCUAUAAACAUCUCCAUUUGUAGGCCUGUACAAAUUGCCUGAACUGCACAUUUUCCGAACAUAAACUUAGUGUUUCUUUUUUCUUGUUUGUUGAACCCAAUUGGGUUUUGUGUCUUGUUGCUGUAGCGUAAAAACAAUGUGUUGUAAGGGGGAAGGACAUAGGACUUUGAGGCACAGGGAAGAUUUGAGGGUGAAGGCCUACUGGAAGGCCCCGAAGAGGUUGUCUUUACCGCAGGGGAAGAAAAUGGGGAAGAGGGUUUUGAGAAAUGCAGGGGUUAAAACUGGAGUUAAUGGUUUUUUAAUGAAUGGGAAGAAAGAAAUUGCGACUUUUCUGGAAAGUCGUGAAAAUUCAUCGCAGUGUUGCUCGCCCAGUCAUUCAGAAACAGGGCGAAUGGAUGCGAAUUUUUGUGUUACCACUCCUGUGAAAAAUUGCUCCACUGUUUUUGUAAAAGAGGAAAAUUUGGCUGUGGAGUCGCGUAUGGAGUCGCUUCCCUUGAAUAUUUUGGUUCAGAUAGUCUGUAAUGUUCAUCACGAUGAACUUGAGCCACUCUUUUAUGUUUCAAGCAAAUUCAGAGAAGCGGCUUCAAUUGCUAGAGAAAUGCAUUUUGAUUACACAACACCAGUUCGUGUGCGAGCUUCUAGAAAAAGAGCAAUUUCUCUGAUACCAGACGAGAUCUCUCAAAACUAUCCAAGCUUUGAAGGUUCGGACUGUUUCUUUAGUUCAUCAAGAAUGCCUGUAACGCCCAAUGCACCAAAACAAGUGGGUAAAUUUCUGAAGCCAAGAAUGUCAUAUGAUGACCUGAAAGAUAUUACUACUUUGUUGUUCCCUCCAGGCACACCUGGCAAGGAAAGUGAAAAAGAAUUUGUAAACAAGAAUCGUUUCUUAAGAUCAGGCGCUGCUCCUAACAGAGUCUUGUUUGUUGAGGAUGAUCUCUGUGAGGCGGUUGAGGAUGAACUUUGUUUAUAGGGUUACUUCCUCGUUUUUUUCCUUGGGAACCAUGCUGAGACCCACUGGAGUUGCCCUCUAAAUUUUGUUUCAGUUGUAUUUAGCAUUAUUUGCCAAUUUAUCUGUAUUUUGUAGGGACGAAUCUCACUUCUUGUGAGCAGUUCAUAAAUUCAUUUGUCCUGUACAUAACAUUUAUUGAGUCUUCUUACCCUUGAGGCUUUCUUAAGAAUUAUUAUAUUCUGUUCA